AUGGAUAAUUCGCGUACCUUAUAUCAAAUUAAAGAGGAUGUUCUUAUGGAAACUGUAAAGGAUAUUUCUCAGACUGAACCAGGAGAGCGCUUUGAAUAUGUUGUAGUUGAGAAUGAUUCAUCACAGAAGGUAGGUGAUAAAAUGGAGUACCCAGAAGUAGGAAGAAGACUUAGUAAAAAGUCGAUAUUAACUAUUAUCUGA